AUGGCUUCGAUCAAGGCUGUCGACGAGCAUGCUGGCCAAAAUGGCCGCGCGAAUGGCCACCCAGGCAACUACUGCAUCACAGAGACCAAUCUUGGUGAACCUCGCGAUUUGAGGGUCAUCACGAUCGGUGCCGGGGCUGCUGGUCUGAAUCUGGCUUAUCAGAUUAACAGGCACAUGCAACACGUCACCCAUAUUAUCUAUGAGAAGAACCCAGAAGUCGGCGGUACCUGGUACGAGAACAAAUAUCCUGGCUGUGCCUGCGACAUCCCGUCGCACAACUACCAGUUCACCUGGGAACCGAAUCCAGAAUGGAACCACUUUUAUUCGCCGGCUCCUGAGAUCCAGGAGUAUUUCCGGUCGCUGGCCAAGAAACACGAGCUGUACCGUUUCAUCAAACUCAACCACAGAGUCAGCAGCGCCGUUUGGAACGAAGAUGAAGCGAUAUGGGAUUUGAAGAUCGAAAACAUCAGUGACGGUACUGUUGUUGAAGAUUGGUGUCACUUCAUGAUCAGCGGCUCUGGAAUUCUCAAGUCCGUCAAGCCCUCAAACCUCGUGCUCUACACCAGCCUACAGACCUUCAAGGGCCCGCUUCUUCAUAGUGCUGCGUGGGACGCAACGGUAGACUGGCGGAACAAGACCGUAGCUGUGCUCGGUUGCGGCUCUUCGGGAGUCCAAAUCGUACCUACCCUUCAACCUGAUGUAAAAGAAAUCGUAACCUUCUUUCGCACGCCGACCUGGAUUACUGCCGGCUUUGCACAGAGCAAGGCGGGUCCUGGCGGUUCUAAUUUUGAGUUCUCCGAGCAUCAGAAGGAGAUAUUCAGGAACGAUCCGACAAAGUACCUUGAGUACCGAAAGGAUGUGGAAUCCGAGCUCAACAGUCGCUUCAAAUUUAUCAUCAAGGACAGCCCUGAGCAGGAAGAGGCCGUCAGGUUUUCCAUUAAUGAGAUGACGGAGAAGCUAGGACGAGACUCUCCUCUGCUGAAACAUAUCCUCCCCGACUUCGCUGUUGGAUGCAGGAGGCCUACACCUGGAAAUGGGUACCUCGAAGCACUCACCAAGCCGAAUGUGCGGGUAGUGACAGAUCACAUUGUCGAGAUUGUUCCGGAAGGUAUUAAGACUGCAACGGGAGAGAUUAUCAAGGUUGACAUCUUUGUCUGUGCCACGGGCUUUGAUAUCUCGUUCUGCCCCAGGUAUCCGGUUGUCGGCCAGAAAGGCAUUCAGCUCGGCGAUCAAUGGAAGGUAAAGCCAGAGGCAUACAUGUCACUGGCAGCACCAAACUUCCCCAACCACUUCAUGUUCCUCGGACCAAACGCGCCCAUCGGUCAUGGGUCUGUGUUGCCCAUCUUGGAGCACGCGGCCAAAUACAUGAUCCGAAUGCUCCACAAAUGCCAGACGGAAGGCAUCAAGUCAGUGUCCGUGAAGAAAGAGGCUGUUGCGGAUUACAACGAACAUCUGGCAGAGUUUAUGAAGCGCACGGCAUGGAGCACGCACUGCCGCUCGUGGUUCAAGAACGGGACAGUUGACGGUCCCAUCGUCGCUGUCCACCCGGGCAGCCGAGUUCACUGGUUCCAUACCCUUGAAUCACCGCGCUUUGAGGAUUACGACUGGGAGGCUCGUAGCAGAAACCGUUUCGGAUACUUGGGAAAUGGAUUCUCUGUCAAGGAGCAGGACGGUCGGGACACCACAUACUACUUUGACAACCCAGACGAAGGAUACGAAUUUGUAAAAUAUUAA